UUUCAAGGAAUUGAUUCGCUUUAUUCAUUCUCAUUGGUUUUCUCGAAAUCUACUUUUAAAUCGAAGAUGCAAAUUCCAAAGAAUUCCGUUUCCUUUUGCCUCUCCCUUCUCUCUAUAGACGAGCUAUCUCCAUUUCUCGUUUCCAGAAUCCUUCUCGCUUGUAGUUUCAGUUCAGCUGCGGGAGACCAAUUUCUUGGGAGCAAAAGAAAGAGAAGUCUGGACAUCGCAGGUUCAUCAACAGGAGCUAAUCAGUUGCAUUCCAGAUACGUAAUGGAUGACGUUGGUGUGGAUGACAAAACAUCACAACCUCAACAUGCUGUUUGUAGUGAUGAUGGUCAAGAACACCGUAUUGGGCCUUCUGCUCAAGGAGGCCAUAAAUUUGAUAUGAGGAAACAGAUCUUCUGUAAUAGAUCUUUAAAUAUGAAGAAUAUUGUUGCAGUUGGGUUUGAUAUGGAUUACACCCUUGCACAAUACAUGCCUGAAACAUUUGAAACCCUUGCAUACAAUGGCACAAUUAAGAAGCUGGUUAAUGAUUUCGGAUACUCGCCAGAGUUACUGGACUGGUCUUUUGAUUGGAAAUACAUGGUCAGGGGUUUAGUUCUUGAUAAGAAGAGAGGAAACAUCUUAAAGAUGGAUCGCCACAAAUAUGUAAAAGUUGCCCAUCAUGGUUUCAGUGAGAUGUCAAAGGAAGAUAAAUUAGCAACCUAUGGGAACACCUUGAUACGGAAUUCAUUUGACGAACCUGAUUAUGCUCUUAUUGAUACUCUUUUUUCUCUUGCUGAAGCGUACCUAUUUGCGCAACUUGUGGACUUAAAAGAUAUCAAUCCUGAAAAAGUUCCCCACAGUGCUGACUACUCUCGGAUGUACAGAGAUGUUCGAGCUGCAGUCGAUUUGUGCCACCGUGAUGGAACUUUGAAGAAAAUGGUUGCCCAAGAUCCUAGAAAGUACAUUAAUGAGGAUCCUUCAAUUGUGCCCAUGCUUAAAAUGCUAAGAGAUUCUGGUCGUGCGGCAUUCUUGGUGACAAACAGUUUAUGGGACUAUACAAAUGUUGUGAUGAAUUUCCUCUGUAGCUGUCGAGCUUCCAAUGGUAGUUCCCCAGGCAACUAUGAUUGGCUUGAGAACUUCAAUGUUGUCAUUACUGGCAGCUCAAAGCCAAGAUUUUUUCAUGAAGAUAAUCAUGCUAAUUUGUUUGAGGUUGAUCCUGAGUCAGGAAUGCUAAUUAAUACAGAUAACGGCACUCCUAACCCUCAGAUUGGAAAUACUUCACCAAUAUUACCUUCUAAGGGGCUGACGAAGGGCUGUAGAGUUUUCCAGGGAGGGAGUGUUGGUCAUCUGCAUAAGCUGCUUUCAAUUGAAUCAAGUUCACAGGUUCUUUAUGUUGGGGAUCACAUAUAUGGAGAUAUUUUGCAGAGCAAAAAAGUUCUGGGAUGGAGAACAAUGCUUGUUGUUCCGGAGCUUGAGAGGGAGGUGGAACUACUUUGGGAGUCGAGGGAUACUCGUAAGGAACUUAGACUGCUAAGGAAAAAGCGUGAUCUUAUUGAGAACAAAAUACAUCAUCUGCAAUGGUCUCUCAAGUUUGAAGGUGUUAAUGAUGAGGAAAAGCUGAAAUUUUCUUCUGAACUCCAAGAAUUGGAGUCACAAAAAGAUCAGGUUCGUCUUUGUCAUCAACAAGCUCAGCGAAAAUGUCACCAAAAGUUUCACAAAGUUUGGGGUCAACUCAUGAAGACUGGGUACCAGAACUCUCGCUUUGCACAUCAGGUGGAGAGGUUUGCCUGUCUCUACACGAGCCAAGUGACCAACCUGAGCUUAUAUUCCCCUGACAAAUACUAUAGGCCCAGUGAAGAUUCCAUGCCACAUGAAUUUGAUAUUCUCACAGAAUUAACGACAGAUCAUAUUUCCAAAGAUGAAUGAAAUAUUGAGACCUGAAAAAGCGU